AGGUGAUUUUGCAUGGAAAUAUGUGUCAUACUGGCGCCAGAGCGACUCUUCAGUUACGGGGUAACCUUUCGAGGCAUAACUAAUUAAAUUGAUCAGUAGAUCGGUUCCACUACCAAUUGGAUCUCUGACCCAAUCACCAAAACCAUCGCCAAAUGAUGAUAUUCCUCCACAUAAUGCUAUACUACGUUCUAGCGCCCGGUUGGGUCUUCGGGGAUAUUCCUUUUGCUCGGGCCAAUACGCCAUAUCCUCCCAGCCUAGACUGCGGUCUCAAUGCCACCAAGUCCAGCUGCUCCUCCAGGUGCGAGGAGACCUGCCAAUACAAGUCGCGCACCUGUCCGCCGAAGAUCUGCGGGGGUCCGUGCGUCUGCAUCGAGGGCCAUGUGAUCGACGAGCGGCGAUUGAGCUGCGUUCUGCGGAUAGAUUGCGGGCAGAAGCAGCUGAAUGUUCCCUCGUACCAAGUAAGCAGCGUGAAGUACUUUGGUGCCAAUUACGGCCAAUACAUUAUCCCUACAUAAAGGAAUUGUGAAAUUACUAAUGUGAGUGCAACCAAAUAAAAAUAAAUCAGUGCCGGCUGUGUAUCAGA